GCGGACUCGACGGCGAGACUUCCAGGCGGAGCUCGCUGCGCUGACGGCGGACGCACCGAAUUUCUCCCGACAAGCCGACGCAGCAACGCGCACUUUCCUUCCGAUACAUGUUCGUUUUGAGCCGCAUCCAGAUUGAACGAUGUGAUUGUGAUCGGAGACGGCAGCUCUCCAAUGGUCGCGGACCUCACCACACUUCACUAGAAUGUACUUGAUGAACGUACCUCCUGUCGCAGCGACGCAAACAGAAUGGAGAACAUGUGGCCCUCCUGGAGGCUAUAGCCUUCCGGUUUGCUUCAAUGACUCUGACACAGAGUUGUCCACCAGAGGCACACCUAUAUCAGACAAGGUCCAGAUGAUCAUAGAGAGCCUCAGGACCAGCCAGUCCUCACUCGAGAUGGGCGAUGAGAUCGAGGGAAAUGGGCUGUCGGAACAGGAAGGUCAUCCCCAAGUCUGCAAGGUUGCAGUGGGUUCGUACGCGGCAGCCAGGCCCAAGACUAAAAGUCCCGCUGAACUCCCACAGGACGGCGUUUCCUCCCCGGUCAUCCACGAGACCACUGACUCUGAUAGCGAUGAUUCUGUGGACAGAGGAAUCGAGGAGGCGAUACUGGAGUACUUGAAGGAAAAAGAUGAUCACAAACGCAAAGGAGAGCCGUGUUCCGAGUUUCUCCAGUCAUCCAAAAUUCACAGGAAAAGUCCACUUGAUCCCGAGGUUUCCAUGCAGAAUUCAGACAGUAAUACAUUCUCAUUUGCUGCGAGCCAGUUUGCAAAAUGUGUGAAAGCAGAGAGUCACGCCACGCCAGCCGUCAUACCUAUCAAAAAAUAUAUCAAAAGUAAGGCAUCCCUUAAUGACGGCACCUUUGAGAGCUUCGAUUUGACUAAAAAUGCAACCAAAAAUUUUCCAGAGCAGACAAAGAGCUUCUCUACGGCAGUCACGGCCACCAGCAAAACUGUUUCCUCCCCAGUUGGAAUUAAGAUAGAAGAAGAAUCCAGCGAUUCCAGCAGCGAUGACGGCAUUGAGGAAGCAAUUCAGAGAUACCAGCUGGAACAAAAGGAGCAGCUCGUUAAACGGGAACCUUUCAACACGCACGCGUUUGACGACGAGUCCGACUCCACCAGCGACGAUGGCAUUGAAGAAGCCAUUCGCUGCUACCAGCUGGAGCAGCUCAAGGAGAAGAGUCCCCUCAAGUCAUUCCUGCAGCAGAAAAAAUCUUUCAGCAAGUCAUUAUUGCACUCUGUCGGAAGCGCGAGCACGGAGAACACAAAGAAACACAAGCUGAAGAAGAAGAAGGCCAGCGCCGAUCGGCAAGUCAAAUCCUCCCAACCUGCGUUGUCUGGGUUUUUAUCUAAGACGACGCUUUCAGAGAGCUCAAAAGAUAAAGGAAACGGACUGCAUUCAUUUAAAUUUGAGAGUUUUCGGGGGCAGCCCACACCUGCUGCUCCAAAGGUCAAUACUAGCGCUGAGCUCAUGUGUGCAGAAGCAAUACUUGACAUUUCAAAAACGGUGAUGCCCGGGCCCUUCCAGCAAACUGCUGGCCUCAGUAGUUGUGCUGCCACCAAAUCCUCUUUGCCGUCUUCUCUGCCUGAUAAUUGCCCGGAUGAUGAGAGCAACGACAGCUCCAUCGACAGCGAAGAUGGCAUCGAGCAAGAAAUCAGAAAAUUCCUGGAGCAGAAAGCUCAGAUGCAGAAACAGCCGCCCGACAGCUCCUCUGCGAGCGCAGAGCCUCGUAGUGUCUGUGAGCAAGACAAAGUGACGGCAAAGGAAUCUGUGUGUCUGAAGAAACCACAAAAACUGUCCUUAACACAGAGGAAAAAACUCAGAGAGACAAACUCGAGUGUUUCUGGCACGUGGGACAAAGUUGACACCGUUCAAGAAAAAGCCAACAAGCCUUUACCGGCGCCCGCGAAAGAAUCAAACCCCCUGAUGUUAUUCCAGUCGAGUCAAACACACCCAGUCUCCGGGUUAUCCAAGGCCGAGCAGAGUGGAGACAAAAGCAGCUCCCUCGACAGCGAUGAGGAUCUAGACAAUGCGAUAAAAGACCUGCUCAAGACGAAAAAGAAGUCAAAGAAAAAGGUCCGAGAUCUAAAGCGGAAAUCAAGAAAGUGCCUCAAGGAUGCAGAAUCGCUAUCAGGAAAUGCUUUACCGGUCAAAAAGUUGAAGCCUGAUUCUUUAAACAAGUGUAAUCCACUGAAAAGAGCACAGAAGAGUAAGGAUGGCAUGAAAGAUAAGUUUGGACUGAGUGAGAUGAGUGUUUCACAGCAGAAGCAAAUUCUGAAAAGUAAAGACCUUGAUAUGCUGGAAAAUGAAAAGGAGAUACUGAAAGGAGCCCGGCUUCUGGACGUCCAGACUUUACCCGGGGUCGAAGCUUCUCCACACACAAAGGACGACAGCAGCUCGGUGGACAGCGACGACAGCAUCGAGCUGGAGAUCAGAAGGUUUCUGGCCGAGAAGGCCAAAGUUUCCACUGCAGGGAGGAGUCAUGAUGAAGACGCGUCGGUGAGCGGCACCGGGGCGGACUGCAACCCGCUUCACAGUGAAGACAUUAAACAGGAAAAUCAGCUGGCUGAGAUUCCACGGAAAUGUAUCAAUCCUGUCUCUGGGCUUUCUCCUCACGACAGUCCAGCUCGAAGCCGACCGCCGCUCCCAGCGUGGAAGACCUCCCCCCAAGACAUAGCCAUCGUCGGCGGACAAUCACGCCUGCCCUCGGUCCCGUCGCGCAGCCCCAGCCUGCUGGAGCCCGCCGACGGGGCGGGGGCAGCCAGAACCGAGCAGAAGAGGCUCAUCACCGGGAACGUCGGCCCGCAGGUGGAGAGAGCUCGGCCAGUCUUCAGUCCGAGCGUCGCCGAUUCUCGCUCCGAGUCCAUCAAGUGGCGCCAGAGCCUGGGACUCCCCAUCCCCGCCGUGAGAGCUCCGGGCCGGACCCCAUUCCAGAUCACCUCGUCUGAUAUCGGCGAGCCCGCAUCGGCGUCGCCGUAUCAAAGCGGGGGCGUCGGCCACAAAUCUCAGACUCCCAGUGCCGUCUGGUCUUUCGCGAGAACCGGCAAAGCGCCGUUCCCCUGCUCGACAGAGACGGCUGUAAACACCACGUACAGAUCGACCGUGCUGAACCUUUUCUCCACUGCCAAGCAGCGUCCGAGGGUGUCCUUCUCACAGAGCCUCACGCCUGGCCACAGGUCCCAGUGCUCUGCCGACGGGGAGAGGGAGAGAACCGUGCACAUAUCCAAGGACAAAAGUGUGUAUGUGGAACUGGAGUCGAACAGGACCAACCACGUCCAGGUUCAAAGCAGGGACAGGAUUGAGGGCAAGCAGAGAGAAGGCCAGAACAUGAAGAUAGAGCAGCAUCUUGAAAGAAAAGAGGAAGAAUUUAAAGAUGAGACAGAUUGUGAAUCAGCCAACAGGAGAAAUCCAGAAAAGACGCAGGGCUUUCCCACAUUGUAAGUAUUUUCUUUGAUCACUCUGCCCCCACAGCAUCUUAAGUUUAUUGCCUAAUUCCUCCAUUUUGCACUGCUAAUGAAAAUAGAAACAAAAAAAAAAACAAUGCAGGCUAUAAUCAAGCUCAUUCAGUUAAAGGCUCUGAGGGAACAUUUAAUGUUAUAACAAAGCAGGCUUUUUGUUUUGUUUUUUUCCCCAAGUGUAUUUGUACAUUUAUACUGUGGUGUAACACAUUAGUGCCAUCAAUAAAACUUUAUUUAUACAUUGAGGUGAAUUCAUAUCAUCAAGCAAUAUAGCUACAGUUAGACCUAUCACCAGUACCAUCAACAUAUACAGGAUUACUUUUGCCAUAUAUUUUAUAAAUCAAAAUACUUUGUCUAAAGGAAACCUGGUAUUGGAAUUACAAAAAGGUAAUAAGAUUGUUUCUAAAUGCUAAAAAGUGGCUAUUUUAAGGGUAAUUAUAGAUGAUGUUUGAAGAGGAACAAUACAAGCAGGUACUACAUGCAAUUCAUUCAUGUGAUUGGAGAAGGUUUGAUUUCAUAUACAGAAAAUGUUUUUAUUUCCAAUGCUUUCUUUUGUGGGUUUUUCAUAGAAAGUCAAAAGUGAACAUAGUAUGUGGCAUUACAUUUUUCAGUUUAGUUUCUCAGUAAAUCAAAAUCAAAUGUUUUUCUGUCUGCAAAAUAUUAUAUGACCGAUAUUUCAGGAUAAGAACACCAGAAUUUUACCAAUCAGAUAAGACAUUUACCUUUUCAUGACUUCAGACAGAAACCAUGUAAACACAGUAAUCGCACAGAAUCAAAUUUAAAUACAGUGAGGUUAAUAACUAUAAUGUAAAUCAAUACUAAAACCCAAAGCAAUAAUCAUGUGUGGCCAUAGGGGUAUUUCUAGAAUAAUUAAUGGGGUUUUUGUUUUUUUCUCAACCUUAUGUUAUUUGGCUUGUUUUUUUUUUUGUUGAUAAAUUGUCAAUGCUCUCCCUGGCUAACUUUAAGGUGAACUUUCAGUUUAUUUCUUACGUCUGGUGGCAUCAGACCGUCGGUAAACUAAAGAAGAGCAAUUCUGUUCUGUCAUCACCUUCACAUUACUUCUGUCUUUUCACCGGACACCUCUGAACGCCAGACCCUUUAAUGAUGAUGAGAAUGAUAGAAAAAUGUCCCUCUCACCUUGCUUUCAGUUUGGAACUUUUGCAUUUGUUGUGAGAACAGUCAGAGAUGUGAACCUCAGUAGGGAUCACUUUCGAUUUGUCUUUCAACACGAGUACUGGGAACAAACUGGUGAUAAAUUACAUCAUCCCCCUAACAUUUGCUUUUCAGGCACAGUCCUUGGUGUAAUGUUUUGUUAAAAUUAACAGAUGGAAAUUUAAAGCUCAGUUGCUGCCACUAAAGUGAUCUUGGGCUGGUGUUUUUUCCAGAUUCCAUGGGAAAAUGCAUAAUUACUCUCAUCUGACUUGCAUAACCUGAUAUUUAGUGUUUGUUUGUUUUUAUUUGUCACGUUAAAGUUUUCUUGACUUUCCUAUGUGGAGAAAAAAAAAUGCUAUUUAUUUUGGUUAAAAAAAAACAGGUUGUUACUGAACAUGCUGUGCAUUGCCAGUUUUUUUGUAAAUAUUUUGUAAGAGGUGUUUUUCUUUUACUCUUUCAGAUAAAAAAAAAUUAAAAAUUGCUGUGUCUUUUAAGUGCAUCGGUGUAAUAAAGAUUUGAGUCGGAAAAUAAAA